GCGACGCCGCUGAUGAUGGCGGUGAGUAAGGGCGAGGAGGCGGUGGUGCAGAUGCUGCUAUCACACGGCGCUGACCCCAAAGCCGCGAACUCGCACGGACAGACCUCCCUGUACUACGCGGCUAGCUCUGGCCAACUGGACAUCAUGCGCCUGCUACUGGAGGCCGGCUCCGAUCCCAAUGUCGCCGAGACGAAGAGGGGAGCGACGCCUCUGAUGCAGGCAGUGAGUAAGGGCGAGGAGGCGGUGGUGCAGAUGCUGCUCUCACACGGCGCCGACCCCAAAGCCGCGAACUCGCACGGACAGACCUCCCUGUACUACGCGGCUAGCUCUGGCCAGCUGGACAUCAUGCGCCUGCUACUGGAGGCCGGUGCAGACCCCAACAUUGCCAUGACGAACAGUAGAGCGACGCCGCUGAUAUUGGCGGUGAGUAAGGGCAAGGAGGCGGUGGUGCGGAUGCUGCUCUCACACGGCGCCGACGCCAACGCCGCGGACUCGCAAGGACAGACCUCCCUGCACAUCAGCGGAGCGACGCUGCUGCUGAUGAUGGUGAGGGAGCGCAAGGAGGCGGUGGUGCAGAUGCUGCUCUCAUACGGCGCUGACGCCAAUGCCACGGACUCGCACGGACAGACCUCCCUGUACCACGCGGCUUGCUCUGGCCAGCUGGACAUCGUGCGCCUGCUACUGGAGGCCGGGGCAGAUUCAAACGUUGCCGAUACGGAGAGUGGAGAGACGCCGCUGAUGAAGGCGGUGAGAGAGGCCGAUGAGGCGGUGGUGCGGAUGCUGCUCUCACACGGCGCCGACCCCAACACCGCGGACUCGUACGGACAGACCUCCCUGCACAUGGCGGCUCGCUCUGGCCAGCUGAACAUCAUGCGCCUGCUAGCGACGCCGCUGAUGAUGGCGGUGAGUAAGGGCGAGGAGGCGGUGGUGCAGAUGCUGCUAUCACACGGCGCUGACCCCAAAGCCGCGAACUCGCACGGACAGACCUCCCUGUACUACGCGGCUAGCUCUGGCCAACUGGACAUCAUGCGCCUGCUACUGGAGGCCGGCUCCGAUCCCAAUGUCGCCGAGACGAAGAGGGGAGCGACGCCUCUGAUGCAGGCAGCGGCUAGCUCUGGCCAGCUGGACAUCAUGCGCCUGCUACUGGAGGCCGGUGCAGACCCCAACAUUGCCAUGACGAACAGUAGAGCGACGCCGCUGAUAUUGGCGGUGAGUAAGGGCAAGGAGGCGGUGGUGCGGAUGCUGCUCUCACACGGCGCCGACGCCAACGCCGCGGACUCGCAAGGACAGACCUCCCUGCACAUCGCGGCUCGCUCUGGCCGGCUGGACAUCAUGCGCCUG